GCCGAUCUCCCCUAUAGGGACAAUUGGGUUACUGGGCAACUGAGCAUGAGUGACCGUUCUAACAGCAAGGUCUGCCAGCAAUGAUUGCCAUCAAUGUCAGGCAUUGGGAGCAAGGAAACCAUGGAUUUUCCCGCUGGAGACCGGUGGCACCGCAGCCCUUCGCCAAGCCUUCGGUUGGAGGACGAGCCAUCCAGGCUGUGACGGCAAAUUUUCUGCGAUGGUCCUUUGGCCUUGCAGUCUUGAGGCAAUGCACAAGGUCGACCUCCGGUCGAGCGCGGCGUCUCGCCUCGUUGGAUGAAGUGGAUGAAGCCAUCGCGCGCCUUUUGAAAGAGCAAGCAGUGGUGAAGAAAAGUGAACGUGUUCCGGUACGGUCGCUCCGUGUGGGUCAAAGGUUGACCGGCAUCAUCCAGCAGAUUGGCCCGUUUGGUCUUUUUGUGGAUGUUGGAGCACAACGUGAUGGCCUUGUCAAUAUGGUCAACUCAAAGACAGACAAGAAAGUACCAAUCAGCCUGGUGUCCAAGGGUUACAUUGCAGACGUUUACGAGGAGUAUAUGCCCGGGCAGAAGGUGACAGUUUUCGUGGCGCAAAUCAAGCACAACGGAGAGUUGUCAUUGACGAUGCAACCAUCAAGAGCGAGAAAGAGCAAAGGCAUGCUGAAGGAAGAUCUGUCGGACUUCAAAGACGCUGGCGAGGAGUGGCUCACCGGGACGCUGGUGCAUGCUUCGGAACGAGGUUUUUUUGUGGAAGUGCGAAGACCUGGUCCCGAACAAGGUCGAACCACAGGUUUUGUUCCCAUCAGUGAAAGUGUGUUACGCCCGGAGGAGCUGCAGGUGGGUGCAGAGUUGAAGGUUCGAAUGCUGCAGCCGACCUGGCGUUCAGAUCACAAGCUCUAUUUGUCGAUGCGAUCAGCCCGAAGUGGUGAAACCACUCAUCUUCCAAGCCCUGUGAAGCCAGUGAAACCAGAUUUGGAUGCUUUCCUCCAACUUCCAAAGGCCACUUGGCUUCGGGGUGUUGUGAAGCGCACCACGAGUUCGGGAGCGUUCCUGUCUUUGCGGCAUCCAUACUCAGCGAAGCAUGCCACAGCCUUUGUGCACAUAUCACUCAUGGCUGUCGAGAAGAUCGAAGAUCCCGCACAAGUGGUUGAAAUUGGCGAAGAAGUAAGUGUGAGGCUCUUGGAGCUAAAUGCGACGACAGGAGAACUGGAAGCUUCAAUGAUUGCCUAAUCUGUGGUGCCAAAGUUGCCCUGCAUCGAUUUGCUUGC